UGAGUCAGCAUAAAUAAAUAACUUAAAUAUUUAGUGAUUAAUUUAAUAGUUGACAACUGAUUGAUUCAUUUAUUGAUCUCUGCAGGUAAUAAUGAAUCAACUGAGAUUAACCUCACCAGGUUGAAGGUUUUUAUCAGCAUCAACCCUGAGACGCCCCGUCAGCCAAUCAGAGCUCCCCGUGCAGCCCCUCAGCUGGAGCAAGAGUCUGAGGAGAAUGAGGCUUCAAGGCUGUCUGUAAGUGGAGUGUCGUGGUGUGUUCAGGGUCCUCUGUGCUCAGUCAGUAGCUCCAGCUCUCCACUCAUGACACAUUCAGGGUUCAGCAUCCCCUCGGUGUCUGUGUGUGUUUGUGUAUCUGCCCUCAGACUGACAGGAGAUCAGUGAAUCUGUAGAGGAACUGCAGCUGAAGAUACUCCAGUGCUGGUUUCUGUUGUUAAACAGUUUCUGGUUGAGGUUGACUGUCUCCGAUGGCGCGGCACAGUAAGCUGCAGAAGCAGGUCCUGGCUCUGUACCGGCAGUUCCUGCGGGCCGGCCAGGACAAACCGGGCUUCAUCCCCCGAAUCCACGACGAGUUCAGAGAGAACGCUCGCAUCAAGAAGACGGACGUGAUGCACAUCGAGUAUCUGUACCGACGGGGACAGAGACAGCUGGAGCAGCUGAAGGACGUCAACACCAAACAGCUGGGCACCUUCUCCAAAACCGGAGAGAAGAGCUGACCUCCGACCUGUACCACAUCACCUGACCCCGAACGACACCAACGAUUACCUGUCAGAGACCACCAAAAUGUCAGGCUGAGAUGCUGCAUUCAAGUUCGAUGGGGAAACAAAUGCUCAGUGUGGAGAAAACAUGUAACAGUGGUAUGAACUGUAAUCCAGCAGAUGUGCAAAUGACUGAUUAGAAUCAGCACAGGACAAUAAUAAUAAACAGCUACAUAGAGA